AUACUGGUCCACAAUCAAGACAACCAGUAUUAUCUACAACUGUUUCUUCGGGAUCAACCCCACAAACAAUAUCAUCAACUAUUCCUCAUUUAUCAAUGCAACGUGAACGAUCACAUCAAGGCACUCCUUCGAAACCAAUGUCGCACGCACAUAUACUUCCAGCCGAACCUCCUCGUAAUAUAAACGAAACUAAUUCGACACAUGUGCAAACUUCACCUCUUAGUCAAGCAUCAUCGCAUUUAUCAAAUCGUAAUAGUUCACGGCCUGUCUCUGAUAGUCAUCCAAUUUUGCAACCUGUUCAUCAACAAACGCCUACCCACCGCAAUGUUACGAUAUCACCAACUAUGCAGCACGUUUCUUCACAUUCUUCACAACAACGCAAACCGAAUACACAAACAAUUGCACUGAAUUCUGCUAAAUCAUCAUCUACAAUAUCUAAAAGUUCACAUACGACUUCUAGAACUUCUCAUAAUAAACAAUCUCACAAGGCCGUGAAAUAUACUCAACAGGAAGCUACAUAUCAAGAAAAUAUGGAAGCAGCUCAGGCUGCUGAUGCUGCGAGAGUCCUUGUCAUGUCAUCAAGGCAAAGAGCAGAUCAACAACGAUCUAUGAAUUCAGAACACAAUGUUCCUAACAUAUCACGAUUUUCAGAAUUAACUUUAGGAACUAGUUCUAUCAAUAAUCUUGAAAGUAGUCCACGUUCUAGUAGAUAUACAGGGUCUGUUAUAAUGGAUUAUUCCAUUUCAGCUAGUCUUAAUGACGAUUUCAUAACAAAUGAACAAGAAAUUGGCCUGACGCCACAUAAUAGAGGGCAUAAAAUGAAAAAUAGAGCUGCUGCUUUAGAUAGCGGUGUUAAACUACGUGCUCCAUACGGUUAUCAAGAAGAUUUAGAAUACAUUGAUAUACCUAAUGGUUCAAGACGCCCGGUUAUUUAUCGUAUAUCCACAGAAGAUGCCGAACAAGUCACGGAAUUUGAUGGUGAUUUACUAGAUA